AUGCUUGCCAAAUGUCUUCUUGGUAUGGGCACUGUACAUUGGGCUCGUGAAGAACUCGACGAUGCUCUCUCUUAUGUUGAGCGAUCACUAGCUAUUCGAGAACAAGAAGUUAAACCGAAAAACGAUUUUGAUAUAGCAGCGUGUCUCGGAAAUAUGGGCAGUAUACUUUAUCAUAAAGGCGAUAUCAAUCGAGCAUUACAAUGUGCUACACGAGCUGUUGAACUUUUGAGACAAUGUACCAAUGGUGAUCCUCGGCUUGCGGCUGCAUUGAAUAAUUUAGGUGCAUUGCAUCAAGCCAAUGGAGAUUUCGUCAAAGCUCGUCAACAUUUUGAAGAAGCACUUGCUUGUCUGCAUGAUACUACUCAUCCUUAUCGUACAAGUACAGCGAAUAAUAUAGCACGACUCAAUCUACUCGAACACUCAAAGGAAUGA